ACUCAAAGCUUGUCUCAAUGUUACGUGGCUACGUAGGAAAGGUCUUAUCAUCCGGUUGACCGAUGGCUCUAUCCCAAGGACGGGCGAAGUGCGAAAGCAAAAAUCGCUGCGCCCUGCCCCGAACACCGCUGUCGACAACAAGACCGUCGCACAAGCGUGUUCUCCAAUUUGAGGUGAGAUCGGUGAUGCAGCCAACACAGUAAACAAGUUUCACCCGAAAGGGCACGCCGAAGUGCACAGUGCACACCGAAGCCAGAGGGCGCCCCCUAUCCCAAAGAUCGACCAGAUGGUUCUUCCCACAGUCGCGAUGUAGAAAGACAAUGUCGUCACAGGAAGCUAUGUCGCCAGAUGUCAGAGAGUUGCUGAACUCUUACGACGCAGCUGUGUGGCCACGUGAUUUAGCCUCUGAGCUGGCUACGCACGGCUUCCGUUCCGAAGGGCAAGGAAGAGCCGUUCGCUGUGUCUACUGCAAUGGUACAAUGAUCGUGCGAGAGGACGUUGGCUCGCAGCACCUGGUGAUCGGUCACCUACGUGAGCAUCCCGGCUGCAGACAGCCGGUCGGAUCGGUGCCGGAGGAAGCGAACCAAAGGGACGUAGAGUUGGAGAACAAGCUCAACCAGCUCCGUCCUUUCUUCGAGAGCAAAGGCGUACCUUGGCAAUUGCUAAAGGACGCGGCGGACAUUGCGAAACGUGGAAGCGCUGGUGUCCCAUCCUUCGCUGACAUCAUGCACAACAUAGUCACUCUUCAAAAACAAACACCUGAAGCGCAGUCCAGGCCGCAGGUGCCGGUGAGCAGACCACAGCCACAGCAAGAUCCUGACGUUGCCGAGGAAUGUACGGAGAGCCUUUGUAAGAUCUGCUACCAGGAGCCCGUGGGCGUGGCCUUCUCCCCCUGCAGCCACGUGGUCUGCUGCGUCCAAUGUGCAUCGUUACUCAGGACCUGUGCUGUUUGCAGGGCUGACAUUACCGGUUUCAUUCGCGUCGUUCUAAGCUGACAGUAUUCACGAGACUUGAACAAGAGGAUUUCGUGUCUGCUUUGCACAUGUUUCUCCACUGGCUCUGAUAGCCGUGUCAGAGGCAGAGUUGUGCCUAACUCGUUACUCGGUAACGGUUACUUUUUUUGGUAACGAAGUAACGAUUCAGUUACUUUUUAAAAAAUAGUAAUAGUAACGGAAUCAGUUACAAAAAUCGGUAACUCGUUACUGACGUUACUCGUUCCUUUUCUUCUGCGCGGGGGAGCACCUUUCGGCACUCCGUGUGGCGCAAUGCGUGCAGACCAGGUGUGACGCAAAGUAUUAGUGCAGUCCCUCGCUGGAUAUGUUGUUGACGUGCUGAAUCGUCUUAAAAGAAGGCCCUUGUCUUUUGUCUUGUUUUCCUUAAUCUCCGACCAUCACUCCUUCCAAAGAAUGGGCACCAAUUCUGCUAUGGCUACAAAAAACGCGUUUCGACUUCUAGCCUUUUCUUGUCUUUGCUAAGCUUCUCAGCACCCUAAAUUAUGACGCAGCCCCUCGUCUGUUUUUGGGAACCGUUGGUGAUCGGUGGCACGAAAACCGGUGUAUUUUCUCGUGUUUUCAUAACCUCCGAUCACCCCCACUUCGGCUGCAGAUGCCUUCACACGAAAGAGAACGAAGAUCACCGAUGUAAAUUUCGAGUAUCAGCUUCUUGUGAAGUGCAAUUUCUCAUUAAUAAUGAGCUGAAGGCAAGUGACGGCAUGUUUGUUGGCUCCUUUAACUAUGCGGCGGUAACGUAAAAGUAACUCGUUACUUUUGUAUGUUGGUAACGAGGAACGUAUUUAGUUACUUUUUUCUGAAGUAACGGGUAACGGUAUUUAGUUCCCAUUUUUUGGUAACGGGCACAAGUCUGGUCAGAGGGGAAGUUAAGUGUCAUUAAUUCCGCGGAAUUACAUUCACGAUGAAUGUCAUUCGUUCGCGCUCCGUAUACCUAUAGACAUCAAAAGCAAACGUCAUUCGACAUGACGUCAAUGGCCUUCUGUACAGUUCCUUGUUAUUUCAUUUCAUAUCUUUCAAGCCUUGUUAAAAAAAAACACACAAAAAAAACGUAGAAGCGAAAUUUUGAGUCGUAAACGUAACUCCUCGUAACGACAUACAGGUUCGAAGCACGCUCAACAAAUAAAUAUGACUGACAGAUCGUGCCACAGCAAACGCGUUUCCCACAGCAAGCGACUGCCAUUUUUUUUGUGUGACGUCAUUGCAUGCGGCAGCAAGCCAAUGGCAUUAAAUGUGAAUGUCUUUCACUGGAGAUGACAUUCAAUUAUUGGGUGACAAAGAGGUAUGACAAAGGGGAGCCAUUCUAAGAAGAGCUCAAUCCAAAGCAACAUAAUUUCUGUUAGGUACGAAUAAAACAUGCUUCGUUUUACUUGCCUGUUUUAUCUGUGAAACGUAUGUUAUGAGCUGAGACUUUUGGCUUCGGGCUAAGUUGGAUAACCACGUACAACUCUGAUUAGCCAUUUAGAGCCAAGGAGCCCAGUGUUGCCAAGUCUUAGCUACAGGAAGUCGCACUAGUGGCAUCCCGAAAAGUAGCUAAAAUUCAAACCUAAAGUCUCCCAAAAGUGGCUGUCACUCCUACUUGGGAAACAAUGAUGCAAAGCAGCGUGCAAGCAAGCAGCAUCAUGCAAAGCAGAGCGUCUGCAGUUCCCGCUGUUGUGUGUUUCUACCGUUGUGUCCCGUCCUCUCUUUGGCUGCAAGUUUUUACUCAUGGCUAUGUACCAACUACCCCAAAUUUCUACCUUGGUGAUGCAAAGCAGCUAGUUCGUAUAUCUCUGAAAAAUUCUACAAAGGUGGGGGAUUGCUUUUGCGGUAUUACUGCAUGAAGACAGUACAAGGUACAGUCUGGACAAAAGUUUACGUAUCACGCUCCUAUGCAUUCCUUCCUCAGACUAGCAUACUAUGAGUGAAUGGUACCGCAUGGACUUGUAAACAGGUGUUUGGGUUACCUAGGCACAUGUCUGUAAGUCCGUACGUUCGCAUUCGCCAUAAACUUAUGUCCAGCAUUGCACCAUCUGACGCUUGGCCAUGCACAGGCAGCAUUUGUGGUCAAUUUGCUCCCACGUCAUACAAGCUAAUAAACAUUAUGGAUUCGUA